AUGUCGAUGCAGAAGCUGGUGCCGGCGAGCAGGGAGGCGAAGCGGAUUUUGGAUAUGUUGGAACACGGUGCGCGCGAUCGAUCGGGCGGCGAUAGCGUUUCGGAUGCACUGGAGAAGGGAUACUUACGAUCAGUGAUGUUCGUCGUGACGCGUCCGAAGGGUGGCGGGUCGACGGAGGUGGAGACCGUGGAAGAGUAUCGAUUCAGCGUGAAGCAUGGUGACCGCGGAGAAGUCGCCUUGGACGAGGUGCAGCACGUCGGACCGGGAGGAGGCGUGAGCGUCGGACUGAGCGAACACACCAGCAAAACGACGCGCAUGGAGCGGCUGAGUGAUUUGGAUCACAUAAAAAAGGCGGCGGUAUCGAUGACACGAUGCUUGCUCUCGCUCGUCAAAACGCUUGAGGCUGUGCCCGACGGGUGCACAUUUUCGAUCAAUCUCACGUACGUCAACGGUACGCCGCCAGAUUACGAGCCGCCGUUUUUCCGAGCGGCGUGUACUUCGGGCGAAUCGGAUUGGCGCAAAAAUCCGUUCAGCAUGAGCGUGGGUAAGGUGGAGACUGAGUAUCACGGAUUGUCUUUACGCGUGCGAUCGGUUCUCGAUCCAGCGCUGGACACGGACAGCGGAGGCGCUAAAAGUAAUCCAGGAUCCUCACAAACGUCUUCCUUGCUGGAUCAAACUCCAUCCACGCCAAUUGUGAAGAGUGAUGAAAUCGCGAAAGCGCCGUUGGUAUCUCCUGAGCUCGUCGUCAGCUUGUCCCAACCUCGAAUCCCAAACGCUGCCUUGGACAGUCCGAUCGUCGACGAAGAUAUCGAUUUACGAGUACUCGAAUGGAUACGCAAGCAGCGAGUGGGCGCGUACGUCGAUGCCGUUGCGUGCUCGAAGGUGUUCCGACGAUACCCUUUCAAGGCGAUCGAUGCGGCGUUCGGACGGCUACUUUCAUAUGGAAGCAUUGCCAAGGAUGGAAAACGCGGUUUCUCUGUGGCGCAGGCGGGCGGUAAGCAAGCGCAACCGAGCGCACCGAUCAACGACAUGCGAAAACGUUUACGCUCAUCGAAGAAGAAGUGA